CAAGAGUGGUGGGUUAUUGUCGUUUCACAGCAGGAAACUUUUGUAUCUGAAAGGAGUGCUACACAAUACGUUUUGUGGGUGUGUUUGGAGAAUGGGUUAAGGUUGCUUCAUCCUUUCAUGCCAUUCAUCACUGAAGAUCUGUGGCAGCACCUUCCUUCACCGAAAGGUGUGUAGACAAAUGAGUCAAUUAUGACGAGUGAUUAUCCUUCUCCUGUUCAGGUGACAUUUGGUCUAACUGAGACUUUAGCCAUCAAAAGUUCUUCCUACUCUUAUUAUAACAAUAGCCUUCAAGUGCGAAUUGAAGUGGUAAAAAUGAAUUCGUUUCAACUCGAUUGAUGUGUUUGGAUCUCUUAUUUUCAGCGUUGGACCAAUGAAAGGGUGGAAUAGGAGAUGGAUCUCGUGCAGUCCGUACUAAAAGGCCUCAGGUCUCUUGGGUUAGCUGUCCUGACAAAGCAAAAGAAUGAAUGGUGCUGUUCAGUGGGAGGGACGACGCUCCCACCAAAUGUGCAUUCAAAAACAUAAACGAGAACCUCAAGUCUAUCUCAAAGUUGAGGGCAAUCUCAAUGCAGAAGCAGAACGUGAGAAGAUCCAGAAUAAGAUGGAAGAAAAUCCAAUGCAGCAGCAAGAGAAACUUAGACGGGUUAUGAGUGUAACUGGUUACAACGAGAAGGUACCAGUUCAGAUUUAGGAAGAGAAUGCCAGCAAAGGAAGAGAAUGCUAGCAAACUUGCUAAGCUUAUUCAGGAAUUCGAGUUCUUUCAAAAGGAAAGCUCACGAAUAGAGGCUGAGAUGGAAGAGCAAAAGAUCAGUACAGUAAUGACAUAUUAUGUCAGUGGAUCUUGUACGGAAUCGUGGCGGUCUUGGCUAAUUUGCCACUGCUUGAAUCAUAACCUUGGCCCUUGGACAAGGUUGAUUGAUCCAAGAGACCAGAAAGACAACCUCGCUUGGGAUCGAGGUGGCCCUAGUCAAAUAUCUCAAAACCCAAUAUAAUAGGUUGUUUGUUCACCUGCGAGUCUCGUUUAAGAUUGUACAUUUUGUCUUAGCGGUCAUCUGCUUAAUUCUUCUGAUAUUGCUCACAGUUAAUUGGUAGACUUUUGGGGUAUUUUGGUUUGUAGAGGUUGCAUUGGGGUGAAUGGAAUUCUUGAUGUACUAAUGAAGUAUUGCCAUUUAUUCCCCAAAAAAAAUAUAAUAAAAAAAAAGCCAAUAGAGGACAGCACCUUA